AGUUCACACUGAGCGCGAUUCGCUAGCGAAAGCGAAAAACAGAGCGAAUAACACGUCAGACAUGACGUCGUUUCCGGCGAAUUUUACCAUUUCGCGAAUCGCUUCGAAGUUCGGAACUGUCGAGCUUUUUCGCUAGCGAAAAAGUUUCGCCACCAAUCAGAUUCCCUCUAGUUGUCACGUGGUUCUUGUUGUUUUCAACAUGGCGACACAAGCUUCUUCUCGGUGUAAAGUAAAUAUAGAACAACUUUUAGAAGAAAUGGAAGAUGCUCCAUUUUUAUAUACAAAAAUGGAUCGGAGAUACAAAGACGUCGAUUUGAAGGAAAAUCGGUGGAAGUUGAUUGCGGAGCGUGUUAAUUUGACAGUUGAAGAAGUAAAGAAGAAAUGGAAGAAUCUUGUAGAUACCUACAGGAAAGAAAAAAAAACUAUAGAUGAAAAAACAAGAAGUGGUGCUGGUGUGGAUGACCUCCACAAUUGUAAGUGGAAAUGGUUUCCUCAAAUGCACCUACUAAUGAAUAUAGUCAAUGGACAGGAUGAACAAUUUUCACAAACUUGUAGCAAUAUUUCAUUAAAUGAUGGCCUACAAAGUGAAGAUUUGGAAGAGAUGUGUCCUGUCCAGGUGUCUUAUCCAGGAAGUCCAAAUUUUCAAAGUCUUUCAAUGGAUAUUUCAAAAGAUAUACCAUGCACAUCAUCAUCAUCAUCUACAGCAGAAUUCUCAACAUUACCAAAGCGUAGAAAAAAAAGUAAGGAACAAGAUGAUGUGCACAAUUUAAUCCAAAUGACAGAGACAAUGGUAAAUCGUCAACAAAAAGAAGAUGAACUAUACCAUUAUUGUGUCAGUUUAGCUGACAGAUUAAGAAAUCUUAGUCCACAAAAGCGAGCAGAGGCUCGUUUUAAGAUAAAGGAAAUUAUGUAUAACAUUACAAAAGAACAUUCAUAA